AUGGCUUUAUCUUCCGAGGAAGGUCCGCAGCUUGCUCAUGCCUCCCGGGCACUCAACGCCAUGAGAGCUAAACGAUGGGAGAUUCGAGCCAAAAACAUUGGCUUAUUGGACCUUAUCAAGGGUAAGUCAACUCUAAAGCACGAAACGGAGCAUGUCCGUUUGAAUAAUAGUUCGAGCAACACUAACAUUCAUCUGCGUCAACGCGGGUCCUUAGGAUCCAAAGAUAAACUUAAAACCAAAUCUCCUGCUCCGCCAUUCCCAAUGGCUUCCCGCAGUGAAGCAGAAGUUGGAGUCAUCGUGGUGAAGAGCCCUGAGACGCAUCCUAAGACGCAGACGGAUGAACUGGCGCUUACUCCUCUUACCCCAUGUUUGAAACCUGCUCCUCCCCCAGUGCCUCGUCGUCACUACACGUCAGUCCGCCUCCACCAAGACGUGGUGGGUGGUGGAAAAGUUGCCCUCGAGCUGAUCUUGCACGAUUCUUCCUCUCCCAAGAAUCCUCCUCCCGUAAAUCUUCUUCCAGGAAAUGAUGAGAAGAUUCGACAUCUCAAUGUCGUCAGCGAUGUGAUGGACUUUCAGGAGUUCAGAGUUAUCGCUCUAACGGAAGGCAAUCUGAUACAUUCCCAGCUUGAAGUCAACCUGAAAUUAGCUAUCAGCACAGUUCUCCGGUCAGCGGAGAAUGCCGCUGACGAAGGCAACGGCAUCUGGUAUAUACAACCAGGAACCCUACUUCGUUGUGACGUUGAUCACCAUGGAACAAUCGUCGCCUCUGCGACGUUCAUUUCGAUCCCUUACAUCCGAAAUGGUUCCGGCCAGGAAUCUUCUAACAUCUCAGAUCGCAGAGGGGUCUGCGUUCCUCGCCGACUCGAUAAAACCCUUCUUGAUCCCUCUUAUAGUUCAGUUGAAAAUGAAGCGUCCUUUACGAAGGAGGAUCUUUGGGUUGAUCAGGCAUGGAUGCUGAUCGUUAACGAUAACAAAAUCCUUACUUAUGGCGGGAAGCCUUGCCAAGAUUCGGCGAUGAACAAUAUCGAAACCAAGAUGUUCGCGGCCAACACCCGCAAUCAGCGCAUGGUCCAUGUCACUGAGCAGAACGGACUCCAAUUCGAGAUCCCCCUCGCAGAGUGCUCGUCCCUUUUGACCAUGGAAGCGUCUUUGCAAUAUCAGCUGGAGCAAAUGAAACCUCGCACUGAUCCGGAUGAUUGCGCCAUCGCCGCGGAAGAGCCUGAGGAAUUCAACUUCUUGCGCAGGAACGGAGGCCCAAUGACAUCAGUCGCCUGGUCUCACCUGUUGCAUGCAGGGUAUCCUCCUGUUGUUCAAGUGAAGCUAGAGCAAAAGCCACCAGGGUCCGAUGACAGCAAGCCAGAUCCCAUGGGAAUUUACAACAGCUAUGGCAGGCCAGAGCUAGUGGGCCACCAAGUCUCAGAGCAUACCGCAAAAUGGGUUCGCCAACAUGCUCUAAAUGAGCAUGCCCCGCAGAGUAUUGGGUCGUCUUUUGAAGAUGUCGACUUCGCUCAGGUUGCUAGCAGCAUCUCAGAUGAUACAGACGGAGAUUCAGAGUUUGACUCUUUGGAACUAGACGCAGCCUCUCCUCACAUUUUCACCUGGGGCUUAACCGAUGAGAACAGAGAUGACACGCGAAUUGGCAUCAAUGGCCGGAUUGAAUAUGCUUACAAAUAUUUCGACUGGCUCUCCUUCAAUGGCCUACUCGAUCGUCAAGAGGACGUCUUGGGUGUCGCCACCGGCAGCACCAGAUGCAGCUUGGACAUGUUCAAACGAGAAAUAGACAGACUCAUGGAUCGGCUCUCAAAUGUCAACGGUCAUAACGACGGAAGAUUCCGAGAUCAGACGCUGCUUCUCGACUAUUAUGACUUCUGCAAGGCGGCGACCCGCUUCCUCGAGGCGUUUAUUCCCAACAACUGUUCGACUUCGGGUCUACACAAACUGUUUAAUGCUCUUUACAAAGGGUUCAUGGCCCCCGAGUUUCUGACGAUGACCCGAUCCCAUGCAAACUAUAUGAUUCUAUACAGAACAGAAUCUGCCAACUCAUUGGGGUCCAGGACCCGCAGCAAAUACCUUUGCCAAGAUUGUCUCAAUAAGACAAUCUACACGAAUCUCGCAGAUGUGUUCGCUCACCUCCGAGCGUGCCAUUACACGGAACUUCCUCCCGGUGAUAUGAUUGACCGCCAUGUCACCGAGCUCCUGACUGCUGCGGAAAAGGCGCAAACUGAAUGGAACGGUCGGAUUGUCCGACAGGGGCGAGAUCUGACAGCCAAACUCGCUCAUGAGGCCGGAGAAAUCCGGUCUUUGGCCGCCUACGCUGACUUGGUUAACCACCCAUCAUGGAAGAUUCUUGACGUGAUUAAUCCUCCUCUUGGCAAAUCAUUUGUGCAGGCCGUGUCCUCGAUGUUUUCGCUCUCCCACGCCCUCGACGGGACAGCCAAAUUCUAUCACGUUUCCGUGUAUGAGGUUGAAAGGGACAAUCUAGAACUCGGCUUGCGUCCCGUUCAUCUGGUCGGCGUGAUGGACAAGUCCGGUGUCAAAGCCCUGGAGAAGCUCAAAAAGGUACAAGUCCACCUGGCCGCUGAGAUAAACAAGGUCCAGUCUCAGGAUCUCGUCAAGCUGUUCGCUCCUGUUGGAGUCCACGAGUUGGCCGCCCAGAUGGUCGGCAACUUGCUGACCGCCCCGGUCCACGUCAGCCUCAGCCCCGAAGCUGUCGAGCCCUAUCUGAUGGUCCAGCAGUGGAAGCAGCAGCUUCUCAAGAAGAUGCGCCUCCUCGCCCGUUCAAGAAACACGCUCAAUGCUCGUGCAAUCUUUGCACAGGCCAACAGAUUCCAUCUCGAUGAGUAUAUUCUUGAGGAAGCGGAGAACAGGCUCCGGCAUCUGCCGAGAAGAAUCGCAUCCAGGUUCCAAGAUGCCCAUGGGCGCCGCCUUCAGAUCAUCCCUAGUCUUUUCGGCGUUGCGGGCGAUCAGAACUUGCUUGGGUUAAUCUACGGCAUCUUCCUGUUUGGCAACUCGUUUUAUUUUCUGCGUCACAUCCUGGGUCCGAUGCACCCUAUACCGUCCUGGAAAUGGGCAACGCCUCUCGCGAUGACGCCGGCAAUCGUCAGCGGCUUGGAGUGCAUUGGUGUGUUCUUGAUGGCCAUUGCUCUUCCAUGGUACUACAUGGAAUGGUUUGGAACAGACGAUGACGAAAGCAUUUAG